AUGACAGUCACAGUGGUGUAUGAUAACUCUGAGGCAACAGAGCUCUGUGCAGCUCAGCACAUCUACCUCAAGCUCAUAGCAAAAUUGUUGAUCAACAUAUUGCUUCCAGGGAGUCUAGAACCUGCGAGGCCCUUCUCUAACUGGGAAGUUCUUGACCAGCUGAAGAGCCUGAUUUGCCCUGACCAGUUCACCACAGUUCGGCUCUCCAAGAGUACAAAGGACUUCAUUCAAUUUGAGGGUGAGGCUGAAACCCGAAGUUUGGUUCAGAUCCUGAAGGCAAAGUUACAUGGGAAGAUUAUCAAGCUAAAUGGUUUGAAAAAAGACUUAAAAGUAGUGGCUACAGAUGCCCAGGGAGAAUGGGAGGAAUUCCCCAAGGAAAAAGAGCCCUCGUUGAGUGACGGGGCUGAAGAGCAGGAGAAGAGCCCAGAUUCCAUAUAUUUUGAAGAGUUGCCCUGUAAAUGGUUUGCACCUAAAGGUUCUAGCAAAGAGAAGCCAUGUGAAGAGAUCCUUUGGGUAGUCUUUGAAAGUUUUGGGAAGAUCAAGAAACUGGAUAUCCUUAUGCUUGGCCCCUACAGAGAAGUGAUGACUGACAGGAGCUUUGGGGGUUUUAGCUUUGGCUUACAGACAUUUGAGGCAUACAUAUAAAUGAAACUGAUGCCUAAAGGAAAUGAUGGGAAAGCUCUGGCAUGUAACAUUAAGGUUACGUCUGAUACGACCAAACACUUCAGCGAAGGAGCUAUAAGGAGGAGAAAUCAGGAAAGGCUAAAAUUACAAGAACUAGAAGAAGAAAGGAAAAAAGAGAAGAGGAAAAAAAGAAAAGAUGAUGAGCAAAAAGUCCGAGUAAAGAGGAAGAAGGCCAGGGUAAGGAGACAAGCCCUGAAGGAAAGAGACAGACACCGGCACAGGAAACAGAAGCCCAAAGCCAAAGCUGAGGCACCUCAAGAGCCGGACUCUUCAGAGGAGUAGGAGGAGAGGAAGUACCUAGUGUCUCAGAGGUGA